CAACACAGCUCAUUUUGUGUCCAGUUGGUUCACCCGGAAGUGACGUCUCUGCCGUCUUCACAAACAUGGCGCCUGCCGCUGGAAGAGAAAACUGAGGCUGGAGGAAGAAAGAGACAGAGACUGAAGCUUUCCACGAGGUGAGAAGAAGUCGGUGUCACAUUGAAACAAGUAUCAACAAGUGAAGAAACGUUCCGGUGUGAAAACGAAGCCAGAGACGGAUUUAUUGUUCCGGUGUCUGUGAGUCAGGUGGAGCUGACAGAGCAGGGCUGACACAUGGAGCGUGUCCUGUUCCACGGCGCCACUGAAGUGAUCGCUUGAAUUUGGUGGCGCCAUAGCACGGAUUGUAAAACUGAAGAAGAAGAGGAAUCAGUGGCUGCUGGUGCUGGCUGACGAUGUUUCAACACAAUUAUUGUUUAGCACAAGAAAAACCCAAAGAGCCUGAUCCCUUGCUCACAAAGAAGGAAAAACGCGAAGAGGCAAGACUGAAUCGGCUCAAGCGGCUCCAGAAAUCGAGGAUAACUCUUGGUGCUGCCUAUCCCAAAUGGAAAUCGCUGCUGAGGGAUAAAUGUUUUAAGAGCCAUGCUGACGUUGCCUUUUAUCUUCUGGACAGCUAUGAGAGAGAUCUUGCACCACUGACUCACAUGAAUGAGAAACCGGUUCAGGUCACAGCUCCAGCUGUGUGUGGCCUCGGUGCUUCGAGUUGGAUGUACAGAGGUGAACAUCUGAAUGUCAAAACAGAAGCCACAGAAGCUCAGGGCCUUGAACGAAGUGAUUGUGAUAGUAUGGAUUAUGAACACCCACUCAUGAAUUCACAACUUGAAGCUGAGUGGGGGACUCUCGCUGCUCCUUCUUUUCAGUCGUCUGGAAAUGCAAAGGAGCGAGUGAAAGAAGGUGCUGCUGGUGAAAGAGCGGGCAGUCAAGAUGAGCAGACGUCAGAAAAUGACGAUAUGGAAGAAGAUGAGGAUGAAGAAUUCAGCACCUCUUUAAGUGUGGGAGACGGACGUUACCUGGUGGACUUAGGGAGCCCCUCGGAGUUCAUCGUGGAUGAAGCCUGCAUCCUCCAGCUGUUCAGGUCGUGUCGGGAAUGCAGCAGACAAUGUAAAGUUACUAAAUAUGUUAAAGGACUGAAGCUGGUCGUUUUCCAGGAUUGUAGUUUCUGUCGGAGCAGCUUUGAAUGGACUAACCUGCCAGACGAUGAUGAGAAACAUGAUGAAGAUGAGGACGACGACAACAAAGACGAUAGUGAUUGGCAGAUCAAUGGUAACGACACAGCCCACGAACAGGCAGACACAUCACCUCCGUCUCCGAGGAGGUGAUGUGUCAGGAAUGAGCAACACGUUCCAGAUGAUUUCCUGUUUUAACUCUGGAUUCAGCUGGACUUCUGGGUAUUAUGCUGCGUUUCUCUGGAACGUCUUCACAUUCUCUCGCCAUUAAUUAUUUACAGAUGCCAUCACACGUUUAAAGAACCAUCUGAUGCAAACUAGGAGGAGAUAAUGCCUUUUCUAGUAUGGUCUGUUAAUGCCACACGUUGCCCUCCACUGGAGAAUGUGAUUCUGACAGUUAAACACAACAGCAAAGAUGGAUCCACUUGUUCGCUUUUCUUUUUUGGCCGCGUUGAUUUGUUUCUUCAGUCGUCAUCAAGCUGCUUGAACAAGCAAUAUUGAAAAAUGAAGAAAGAAACACUCAUUUAAUGUUAAUGGUUCAAACUCAAGAUCCCUUUACAUCUGGAUUUAACUUGAAAUGUUCACGUUGUUGACAAGUUGCCAAACUGCAGGAAAACCACUUUUAGAACCAGGAGUCAAUGCAAAGGUCUGAGGAUCUUAAUCCAGAUAAUGUUAUUAGAUACACAUGACACAUUAGUAUCAGGUGUAAAUAGGACGUGUUUUAGGCUUUUAUUUUUCAGUCAGUCAACCAAAAUCUGUUUUUUUUUCUGUUCUCCAUACAUGUUCUUAAAGGAACUCCCUCUAUCAGGAACAGUCAGUACAUGUGUGAAUCUACAGUGAUUUUGUUUUUCUCCUUGUUAUUCAAAAUUUUGCUUUGGUUUUUUUACACCAUCAGAUAUAAAAUUCCCAUGUUUUGAUACUUUUUGGUCAAAUGGAUUUUAAAA